AUGGGCCAGCACAAUAUUGUCAUGACUUACCUACUGAAGCGGCAGAUUGAUCCCAGCCAAGCAGCGGCGGUUGCUGAACAAAUUGUUUUCACGUUCCCCUUAAUCAAGUUCUCCCUCCUGGUUGGUAUUGGCGGCAACGUUCCGACCAAAGUUAGACUGGGCGAUGUGGUGCUCGCAGACGAGCGUGGCCACGAGCCUCUCUUUACGGCCAUUAAUUCGGGCAAUGUAGAGGCGGCCGCAGCGCUACUUGAAAUCGAUUCCGCUCGAAAUCCGUCAAAGAGUGCCCAGCAGUCGAUGUUGACGUUAGCUAUCAAGAAAGGCCAUGAAGCCAUGAGUAACUUUCUUCUCGAUCAUGGUGCGCAUUCGGAUCACGAAGACGAAGAUGGCCAGGUUCUUUGUGUGUGGCUGCAGAGCAGGGGAUUUUAG